CCUAAUAAUUUUCUUGUUUCUUCUUCUCCACAGGCGUUUACAUUCACAUAGACACGGUGAAGCUUCGAAGUAAACCGGAAUAAACCUUUUCCGGCACAUCUCCAAUUCACGUUCGUGGAUGGUUUUGUGUUAACAGAAGCUUCUUUGUUUCUUUCUCGCCAGAUUCCGUGCUCCGGCGCCAGAAAGCUUCCACCUUUUGAAAGAAUAUGAAGUAUGUGAAGCCAUUGAGCUUAUUGGGUAAUGCGUUGAAGACAAAAGUAUCAGUCCCUGGUCGUUUUCUCGGUUUAGAUGUUGGUGACAAGUAUGUUGGGUUAGCUAUCUCAGAUCCUUCAAAUAUGGUUGCGUCUCCAUUGAGUGUUCUGCUUAGGAAGAAAACAAACAUUGACUUGAUGGCUACAGAUUUUCAGAACUUGGUCAAAGCAUUUUCUGUGUCAGGCUUAGUUGUUGGUUAUCCGUUUGGCAAACUGAACAAUGUAGAGGAUGUUGUCACUGUGAACCUUUUCAUAGAAGAACUUCGUAAAACCGAAAAACUGAAGGAAGUGAAGUACACAUAUUGGGAUGAGCGAUUAUCAUCAAAGACUGUUGAACUGCUGUUGAAGCCCUUGAAUCUGCAUCCAGUUCAAGAGAAGACAAUGUCGGACAAGUUAGCUGCAGUAGUUAUACUUCAGGAGUAUCUAGAUUACGCAAAUAGGUAUGUAAACACUGAGCCAGCAGAGUAAAAGACUAACGAGUAGUGACAAAAUAAUCAAAGCAGCUGUUUCGGAUACCGGUAUGAUGAUGUUUGAUUUGUUGUUGAUCUACGUGUACAAAGACAUCAUGAUCAUGUGUUAAACAAAGUAGUAUCCUCUAAGAAGUUUGGUUUUGGCCGCAUUCAUAUCUUUAAACCUUUGGCAAAUCAUUCUACAUAGUAGCUCAUUUUAUUAAGGAGUUGGAACAGAAUCUAAUACCAAAAACCUCAAAUAAAAUUUUCAGACUCUUUUAAGGUAA